AUGAAAGCAGUUAAUGCCAGCCGAAAGCAAUGGGAAGAAUGGAAGCAGAAGGAUAGUGAAUUUGUAUCUGAAACCAAUGAGCAAGAUUUGCAGGAAGCACUUCCUUUGAGCAAAAUAGAUUAUGAAAAAGAGAAAGAUGCUCAUGAUGCUAUUCAGAGAGAAAUAAAGCAGCCAGUUGUAGAAGAAUUUAAUUUCUUUGACAAGAUUGCAGAGGAUGCGGCAAAAAUCAUUACAAAGGAGCAGAAUCAAGAGCAGUACAGAAUUAAUCCUGUGAUAGAAUCAGCACGUCUUCUUCAAUAUCAAGAGGAUAUGCGGAAGAAAGAUGAAGAAAUAGCUACCUCAAAUGAAAGCGUACAAAAUUUAAAAGCAGUCAUUUAA